AGUCCGAGCCGUGGCGGCCUGGCUCCGCUCCGGGUUUUGCAGCUCGCCCCUCCCUCCCUCUCUCUCUCCCCCUCCCUCCCUGCUGAUGAACUCCACUCCGGGCUCGCUCUAUUGCCUCAAUAUGUCUCAAGAUGGCCGCCAAUGUGGGAUCGAUGUUUCAAUAUUGGAAGAAAUUUGAUUUACAACUGCUUCAGAGAGAACUUGAUACGACUGCCACAGUAUUGGCCAAUCGACAGGAUGAGAGUGAACAGUCCAGAAAACGACUUAUUGAUGAGAGUCGAGAAUUUAAGAAGAGCACGCCAGAGGACUUGAGGAAAUUGGUGGCUCCAUUACUGAAGAGUUUCCAGGCUGAGAUUGAUGCACUAAGUAAAAGAAGCAAAGAAGCAGAGGCAGCCUUUUUGAAUGUUUACAAAAGAUUAAUUGAUGUUCCAGAUCCCGUUCCAGCAUUGGAUCUAGGGCAACAACUCCAGCUCAAAGUCCAACGCAUGCAUGAUAUUGAAACAGAGAAUCAUAAGCUCCGGGAAACACUCGAGGAAUACAAUAAAGAGUUUGCAGAAGUCAAGAACCAGGAGGUCACAAUAAAGGCACUUAAAGAAAAAAUCAAGGAGUAUGAACAGACUUUGAGCAGCAGAGCAGAAAUCCUCGCACUUGAAAAAGAACAGAAAUUACAGAAUGACUUCAGUGAAAAAGAAAGGAAACUCCAGGAGACUCAGACGUCUUUGGCCUCCAAAUUCGACGAAGCUGAUCACAAAGUCCAGGCUUUGCAGUCAGUUUUGGAAUCGACACAGACCGAGCUAUUUGAUUUGAAAACAAAGUAUGAUGAAGAAUCAACCGCCAAAGCAGACGAAAUUGAAAUGAUCAUGACAGACCUGGAACGAGCUAAUCAGAGGGCAGAAGUGGUUCAGAGAGAAGCAGAGUCCUUACGCGAGCAGCUUUCCUCAGCUAACAAAUCCCUUCAGCUGGCCACGCAGAUUCAGAAAGCUCCUGAUGUGGAACAAGCUAUUGAAGUGUUAACACGAUCAAGUCUGGAGGUUGAAUUAGCUGCGAAAGACCGUGAAGUUAUGCAGUUGGUUGAGGAUGUGCAGAGAUUGCAGGCAAAUCUGACAAAACUCCAUGAGACCUCAACAAAUCAGGUCUCCCAACUUGAGCAGCAACUUACUGCGAAGAACAGCACGCUCAAGCAACUUGAGGAAAAGCUAAAAGAUCAGUCUGACUAUGAAGAGGUUAAGAAGGAGUUGAGUAUCUUGAAGUCCAUGGAAUUUGUUCCAUCAGAAGGAUCUGGAGCACAGGAUACAUCCAAAACCCUGGAGGUACUUCUGCUGGAGAAGAACCGCUCAUUACAGUCUGAAAAUGCAACUCUGCGUAUCACCAACAGUGACCUUAGCGCUCGCUGUGCGAAGUUACAGAUACAGCUGACCGAGGUGGUGAAGACCACAGGCGGACAGAAGGAGCUCAUCAUCAAACUGGAGCAGGACCUCAGCACCAUACAAUCAAUGUCCUCCCUACAGCGUCCUGAUGCUGAGGGAGCAGAUGUCAGCAACAUGGAGAAGAUCCCUGAACCCAUCAAGGAAGCUACAGCUCUCUUCGCUUCUCCAAGCUCUGAGGUUCCACAGGGACAGAUGGACUCUCUGCUCUCCAUCAUUUCAAGUCAGAGAGAAAGGUUCCGAGCCCGGAACCAGGAGCUGGAAUCGGACAACCGAAUGAUGCAGCAAACAUUGCACGCACUGCAGAGUGAGUUGGACAACCUGCGGGCCGACAACAUCAAACUGUACGAGAAGAUCAAGUUCCUGCAGAGCUACCCUGGCAGAGGAGGCAGCAGUGACGACACUGAACUCCGCUACUCCUCCCAGUAUGAGGAGCGCCUGGAUCCAUUUGCCUCUUUCAGCAGGAAGGAACGACAGCGCAGAUACCUGAGCCUCAGCCCCUGGGACAAGGCAACUCUCAGCAUGGGCCGCAUCAUCCUGUCAAACAAAUUGGCCCGGACCAUCGCCUUCUUCUACACCGUGCUGCUGCACUGUCUGGUCUUCCUGGUGCUGUACAAGGUGGCUUGGAGUGAGAGUGUGGGCCGAGACUGUGCCACCUAUUGUGCAAAGAAAUAUUCCGAUCACCUGCACAAGUUCCAUGAGAAUGGAAACGAAAAGGAAAUGUGGCAGUGAAGGGGAGGAUUGUGUCCAGCCAGGGCACCUGCAGUCUCACCUUGGGUGAAGUCUCAUCACACACUAAUAGUCAAGCUCUGCUUUAAAUUUCAAUUAUCAUGGAAUUACUUUUGAUGAAUCAGCAUAACUAUAUUCUCUUUCUGUUUCCCUCCAUUAAUAGAGAAACUGAUUGUUGUGGAAUAUAAUCGCUGUGCUUUUCCUGUCUCGCUCCGUAAACAGUGUAACCCUGCUAGAAUGUAGCCAUUGAUGAAUAUUGCAAAGGUGAAUUACUGAUGGUGUAGGAAGGAACUGCAGAUGCAGGUUUACACCGGAGAGAGACACAAACUGCUGGAGUAACUCAGCGGGAAAGGCAGCAUCUCUGGAGUAUAGGAAUGGGACCCAUGACAUCUCGACCCAAAAUGUCACCCAUUCCUUCUAUCCAGGGAUGCUGCCUGUCCCGCUGAGAUACUGCAGCAUUUUGUGUCUAUCUUUGAAUUACUGAUGGUUUGUGUGGGAUUUACCCCACAGGUCUGCCCAUCUGUAAGCAAUCCUGACAAAUUUCUAGCUCUCACUCACCUUGUAGUUACAACAAGUAACAUAGAAAUAUAAUUAAUAAUGCUUUGUGAAAUAAUUAAGAGUUUUGAUUUGCUUUUUAACAGAUUUAGUUGAUGGAUAGUGGAGAGGAUAUUGAGCUUACUGAAAGCUCCCAGGUUUCAUUGUUAGAAUCUAAAUCUGAUGCUGAAUUUUACAAAUAUGCUCGAUGUUAACUUGUUAAUUCAUGAUUCUUAUUUUCCCUGGCGAGAUUGUUAAUUGGUGCGUAUUAUUUGCUAAAUUAUUUGAUUAUUUACCAUAAACUGAUAGAAUGGGUCUCUGGCUACUGAAAGUCAGCCCAUAUUGUUUUCCAGUGGUGAAUCUGAAUCUAGCAAGACCAAUGUAUCCCCUACCAAUGGGCUGGGAGUUUGUCUUAAACUCUGGUGUUAUUUUUGAUCACUCAUCCUUCUGCUGCACGUGUUCUGGGUGAAAGAAUUAAAGCUUUAAGUUUGAAUAAAGUGCUUUGCAUCAAUGA